UCCGGAUAAUAGUUAGUUUAACCGGUUUUCCGAGUAAACUACAGUACUUCGUGCAAGCAUGCAACCGCGGCAGAUUAUGACGCGGCCUUCCGCAGGGGAAAAGAACUCACGGACCCCAGAGACGUCUCGGCCCCAGCCAAACUCUUUGGCGAGGAGUGUCGUGAACCCACCGAAUUGGCGAGAAACAGCUCCAGUAAGCUCGAGACAGCCCAAUCAAAUAUUGCGGCGCCAGGUAAAUGCCAGUACGUUGGCACCGCCGCCACCGCCUCCCACUUCUUUGACGACACGGCGAUGGGAAACACCUCCACUUGCCAAACCACCACCGUCCUUGACUUCAACGCCGCCAGCACCAACGACGUCAGCAUCCUCUCAGCAGACAUCCGUACAACAACAACCAUCACAAGCAACGACCUCAAAGAAAAACAAACAAAAACGAAGCCACCCACCGCCAAGUAAAGUCAAAGCUUCUACCAGUUUCAGCCUGGCCGAUUUCGUGUCUUCGAAACCUGCGUCGGCCAAGCACACCCCGUCCACUGCCACGACCAAGGAGCGCAGCACUGCUGCCCAUCAUAAUACCCACCACCCGUCAGCCUCCCAGCCCAAAGCAGUUCACUCCACAGCGUCAGACAAUCGCCCCGCAGCCGUCUCACUUGGCACAGCAGCAGCUCCACUCCAUGCGACAGUCGUAGCAACACCCCAUGGACACUUGGUAGGACCUCCAGUCCACCACGAACGACCGAAGAAGAAGAAGUUGUCGACUCUGAAGAAGCGAGUGCUCAAGGAUCGGGCAGCAAAGUGGGCAGCGUUCCACAACCACAUACCAAUUGAAUCGACCACUUCGGAUCAAGCCGCGGAAGGAGGCACCAACUUUGCCACGAACGACCUGGUUCGAACGGUGGUAGCGAUUCACUUGGUCGAUCCGGAUGAAGUCCACGAAGACGACGAGUACGACGACACGUUGGAGGACGUGACGGUUCAAUUUGGAAAGCACGGCCAGAUCCUGUCGUUGUCCCUGGACCGAUCGACCGGCACCAUCUCCAUCGAGUACGAGGACGCCAAGGGUGCCAACGCGGCCGUGGCGGCAAUGCACAAUGUCACGUUCGGUGGACAGCAUGUAUCGUGUCUGUUGGUGGACGUGCACGACCAAGUCAAGUGCAAACUGCAGCGCCAAGUGGUGGUCGAUGGCUUCUGUGACAUGGCAGAGCUGGAAGACCCGGAUGAGUUUGACGAAGUGCAAAGUGAAGUGCAAAGUACGUUUGGCACCACACCACACACGCCGGAGCACGUCGAGAUGGACCGAACGACGGGCAGUAUCCGGUUGCUGUAUGCGUCGCCCAAGCAAGCAAAAGAGGUCGCGAUGGCUUUCCAUGGCAAAGCGUACGGCGGCAGAUCGAUCACUGCGAUUUGGAUGGCCCAAGAUGGCUCUCCUAGUGGAAGCACUUCAACUCCCACAACAAAAGGCGAAGGCGGCCAAGUCUUGUCGGAGCUGCCAUCCCUACAACGGUUGCCCAAUGCUCAAGCAAUUCGGGAAUAUGUGGAUCAAGUAAUAACUACCGACCUGAUGAUAUACAGUUGAGGGGGUUACAAGUUGGAAUGGACAUGUGUGUAGCGCGUGGACGUUGGCGGGGAAGUGGAAGGGCUGGUGGUGGCGUUCUUAGGUCGGCUAAUGAGUUUGCAGGAACGAGCGAGGCUGACGAACCCGUUGAAGGCCAAGAAGACGCGGCGACUGGUGUUUGGUUUGCGAGAAGUCAAGCGAGGGGUUAAGAACGGCAAGGUCGUGUGUCUGAUGGUAGCGUACAACAUCGACGAGUGUGCCGCGGAAGGCGGGCUGGACGACAAAGUGAUGGAGCUCAUCGACUUGGCGCGCCUCCACAACACCCCCGUGAUCUUUUCCCUGUCCAAGUACACGUGAUCAUCAACGAUGUGAUCGUCUAGAAAACUGACUGAAUGCGUAGGCGAAAGCUAGGGAAAGCGCUGCUAAAAACGAUCCGUGUGAGCUGUGUGGGCGUGUACAACGUGGAUGGGGCCAACGAACUCUGGGCCGAUCUCAAGAAGAAAGUCGCGGCCCUGCAGGCCAAUCCACCACCCCAACCAGACUGCGGAACCGCCGCACCGGAAAUGUCAGAAUGCACUGUGCUUCCAUGAAAUAUAUGGUGAAACCGUGGAAACUUCACUCCCAACUGUUGUUUGGGGACAAACAGAAAAAGCUUCACGAUGUACUUAAUUAGUGUUAAUAGCAUGUUUCACUACAA